AAUACUAAUUGAUUGAAAAAAAAAACAUGAAAUCUGUUUUCGUAAUUUGUUUACUUGCUUUAAUAAGCGUUUAUCAAAUAAACGCUCGAGUUUUGUCAAGAUGUGAUCUUGCACGUGAAUUUAAACAAAAAGGUGAAUUCACCGAUGAAGAUUUACCAAACUGGGUAUGCAUUGCUGAACAUGAAAGUCAUGGAAAUACAUCAGCAAUUCGUGGUCCCGGUUGGGAUGGUAGCUUCGAUUAUGGUUUAUUCUUGCUAAGUGAUAACUAUUGGUGUAAUAAAGGUACACCAGGUAAACAAUGUAAUGUUGCUUGUGAAAGUUUAUUAUUGGAUAAUGUUCAAGCAUCAGUCGAUUGUGCUAAAGUUGUUUACUACUAUCAUGGAUUUACCGCUUGGCAAAGUUGGUAUGCAUUCUGUAAUGGUAAAUUACCGGAUUUAAGUGAAUGUUUUACUAAUUCUAGUAGUGUUUUGUAAUUUAUUAUUUUCUAAGUAAUAAAAAAAGUUUAAAUUA